AUGAAAAUUUUAAAGGUAUUUUAUUUUUUUAAUUUAUUACUAGUUAUCAACUUGCUUGAAUCAUGUUUAUCUAAAGUCCACACAUCUAACUCUUCCAAAAAUGAUGAAUUACAAAAGAUUGAUCAUAUACUUCAAGGAAGAGAAAAAAAAAAGAAAAUAAUUUUGAUAUCAUGUUUAGUUACUGGGUUGGCACUUGCAAUUGCCUCAGGUGUAGGAAUAAGUCUCUAUAUAAAAAAAAAAAAAGGAAAGGAACAGAGAGAAAUAGAAGAAGAAAAACGAGAUGAACAUCCAGAAUAUCAAGAAGAUGAACAUUGGGUAAAACCAAAGAAACCAAGAGAAUCGGAUUUACCUAAAAAAAAAGAUGAUUUAUCAAAAUAUAAACACUUAAAUGAAUUUUACAUUUUUUUGCAUGAAAUACAAGAUGAAAAUAUUGAGAAACUUAAUAAAUCUUCUCUUUUUGUAAAAGAGAAUAUGAUAACAAGAGAAUUUGCAGAACUUACAGUUGAAAGAGAGGCAAAGCAACGAGGUUUAAUUUUGUCCGAAGCAGAUAAGGAAAAAGCAAUCAGUUCGUUCAGAAAGGUAAUGUAUUUAACAUAUAGAGAUUAUAUAAAAAGCCAUAUGAGAUAA